UUUCCUCAGACCCCAUUUUGAACUCUGAUUGUGGCGGAAGAAGGUAAGCUUCAUCGACUAAACAUUGUUCAGGAAUUUCAGCAACAGAAACCGUCACCAACUGUCCAAUUUCUAGUUCAUCCAAGUCCAAAUCUACCAACUGUCGCCUAUAGCAUUUAGAACAGACUUGUAAACCCGCCGAAAUGACUAAGCAACACAACAAGCUGUUAUAUUUACCACCUCGCUUCAAACUUAUUACAACACCGGGUAAGUCUCUUCUGUUCGCAUGAUGAAUGAAUUCAACUUCUUUGAUUAUUGCCUGGGGAUUGAUUCGACCAACAUUCCAAUUCUUUCUGUCCCGAGUGACUUCAAACUCAUUCCGAGCCAAAAUUUCGUAUCCAACUCUCCAUUCAAAAUUAGCAAUAAAGACCCUGUCUCCUAAUUGA